AUGUCUGUCGAUCUAACCCGUUCAAAUAUGUUGUCGACGGACCCCAUGUACAAUAAGCCAAUAGGGCUCCUCCAGACGGAGAUUUUAAGGCUCCGGGAGGAGAACGAGAAGUUGGCGAUGGCUAACCACUCGGCCAACGCCCAAAAUGAGGGGCUCCACAUCAUCAACCAAUUGGUUAAAUUGGAUGCCGAGCACGGGCGCCUCCGCGACCGCCACGCCGGGCUCGCCGUUGACGAUUUUUGGGCGGAGCAAUUGUCCGAGGAGCGCGCCCGAAGAGACGUCAUCCGGCUCGAGGCGUUCCGCCUUCGAGCGGAACUGGCCGCCACCCAGGCUCUCCUCGAGAAGGAGAGAGCCGACGCCCGCCGCGCCGAUGAAAUAUUGAAAGUUUUCAUCGGAACGCACGACCGAGUGCUCGAGGAGGACAACCAGCCCGAGCACCGCUCAGAUCGCAUGAUCUACGGAGACGAUGGGGAACGCCGCAUGCACAAGUGCGGUGUUGGCCGUCGGGAGGCUUGGUUCCGGAUGGCCCGGGAUAUGAAGGACGACGGCAACCUGUUCGUCAGUUGCGGCGUCUGUGGCGACGGCAAACACAUAUUUUAA